UACAUUUGUUAAGAAAAAUUUAUAAAUAUUUCUAAACCUCCACAUUAUAAUGAUGCAAAACAUUGUGCAAAAACAAUAAUAUAUUUAAUUUACCUUAAUUUUUCCGAGAUAUUGCAAAAAUUGUGGCAGCAAUCGAUUAUUUCUUGUUGGCAACUACUUUUUUUAUGAUGACAGUUGGACUAGCGCCGUUUUUACACCGUUAAUUGACAUAUUUACAUAUGGAUAUAUGUUUAAAUAUGUGUGUAUAUGUCAUUUAGGGUUUGUUUGUGUUUUUGUGGCUAUUUUUAUUUAUCUCCACCAAUUUGUAACUUACAAAUUUUGGCAAUACAUUUUAUACAUAUUUUUCUCAAAUAAUGAGUAAUCCACAAGACGAGCUGUGUCCUCCACCUACUGAAGAUGAUGAAUUAACAUUACCACGCGCAAGCAUCAAUAAAAUCAUCAAAGAACUUGUGCCUUCCGUGCGAGUGGCCAACGAAAGUCGUGAGCUACUGCUUAAUUGCUGUUCAGAAUUUAUCCACCUCAUAAGCUCUGAGGCCAAUGAAGUCUGCAAUUUGCGUAAUAAAAAAACUAUAAAUGCAGAACAUGUCCUAGAGGCUUUGGAUCGUUUGGGAUUUCGCGACUAUAAACAGGAAGCCGAGGCCGUUCUCAAUGAUUGCAAAGAAGUUGCUGCUAAGAGACGCAGACAAAGCACACGUUUGGAAAAUUUGGGCAUUCCAGAGGAAGAAUUGUUAAGACAACAACAGGAGCUGUUUGAAAAAGCACGCGAAGAACAGGCACAAGAGGAGCAACAACAGUGGAUUAGCAUGCAAGCAUCGGCGAUACAGCAGAGUGCCAGACAAAUGCGUGCAGCAGGGGCAGAAGAAGAUGAUGAAGACGAUGACGAAUAUUAAUAACCCAUAAUUAUAAUAAAUAAGGAUGUAAUUUUAAGAUUUUUUAGAAUAUAAUUAUUUUUGAAUUGAAAUAAUUUAUUUUGUAAACUUCGAAUAAAACUAUGUAUGUGUAGUAUAUUCGAUUACCAAAAAUAAAACAUUUGUAUAUAAUCGAA